CCAGCAUUCUCAAGCACACUUACACACUCGACACGGCCGACCAGCAGCAGCCAGGGCCCCUCUCCGCCCGCAGCGACUCUCUUCUUCCUGCCUGUCCCUCACCUCUCCCGCGUGACGGAGGUCCCCGCUCUGCAGGAGCUGCUCCAGGGUAUCCUGAAACAGGAGUGAGAUGUGGUGAAACACGUCGUCUCCCAGACCCCCGACCUCCCACAGCUGUACUCCCGACCACCCGACACGGCUUCUGGGGUUGAAGCGAUCGCUGAAGAACUCCGCAGAGCACACCAUGGAUAUCAGUGUGAGGAAUGAUAAAAAUAUGGGGGACACUAAGAUGCUGUCAGUCUCGGCUGCAAAUCCUCAGGAUCUGAGCCAACGGGGAGUGAAGGUGUACGAUGAUGUCCAGAAGGUGGUGUACGAGGUGUGCUCCAGAGGCACCACCAGCCUGGAGAAUGGCAUCCAACUCUGGAGCUCCUCGGAGACAGAUGAACUGAUGCAGCUGGUGGGACAGACCUUUGGGGACGGGGACGGUGUGGUGGUCACACGUUCGGACCCAGCUGCUGCUGCGACCGGCACUGGGGAACAGACCGCAUCCAGUGAAGCUAACCUGGACACGGCACUGGGUUCAAGGGGGAAAGGGCUGCCUGCCCGUCCAAGAAACAGGAACGGGGACAAGGCAGCGCCUGAGGCCUCGGCGGAGAUGCCCUUCACUUCGGUGUACAUGGGUGAGGGGAUGCCAAGAGUCCUGGAGUUCGACGGCACCGUCCAGGGGGACGUGGUUCUGAUCGAUGAAGAUGACGACCGGUCCCUACGCGAGAAGACCGUCACUGACACGUCCGCCACGGACGGCAAUGCGGCGGACCUGGUCGCCGGUCGGCCUGCGUCCGUCUCCUCCGAACUGGCCUCCGAGGAAAAGGAAGAGAGCUCAGUCGCUGAGCUUCCGCUGCCGGUGACUCAGAAGAAAAAGUGCUGCCGGUGCUGUACUGUCAUGUGACCUCAUCAGGGCUGCCAUUGCAGAAGGCCCGAUCAGAAAAGCCUCACCUCGUUGUUGACAGAAGCUUCACCUCUGUUCUCGGAAGUCUUUCUUUUUUAAAAAUCAGCGGUGUACUUUUCAGCAGCUUACCAGCAACCAUCACUGUGUGAUGCUGAAAAGUAUGAGGGAAGGACAUGUGACCAGUAUUAGAAUGAGAGCUUAAAAAAAAAAUCAAGCUAAUGCUAUUUGAAUACAUAAAUACUUCAUCAUCAUUUGGUAAUUCACACUCUAAAAACUUUCUUACAAACAUUUUUACUGCCUUUCAUAUGCCAGUUGUCCAGGUGCCUUAAAGAAGCAUGAAUAAACUUAUAGUUGGACAAUGAAGAGAGUAUAUUUCACAUUUCAAGUGAAAGUGAAAAUUCCCUCUCUUUUUGGAGGGAGGAGCCAAAACAAUGAAAAAACGCAGUAUGCAAUAAGAGGUAUUCUUUCAUUCUUUCCUAUUUAUUCUAUUUAUUCUGUGAGUAGCAGCAGCUAAUUUAAAGUAUUCUCUUUAAUUUAUUUUACUGUGUUUUUAUUUUAAAGCUAUGAAAUGGACUUGCUCAUAGCUUGGCAAGACAUGUAAGUGCUUUUCUUGAAAUUUCCAUAGAAGACUGUCAAGUUUCUAGGGCUAAUUUUGUAAAUAUGUUUCUAAUACCAAGGAUUUCUAGGCUCUAAUUUACCUGAAAAUUGGUUGAAGUAGAUAGUUGCAUUCAUGUACCUCCUCUUUGGAAAAGUAGGUUCCUUUUUUUGAAUGCACUGCUUUCAAACUGCAGUUUCCAAACCCUUUUCUUUUCUGAAAUUCACAUUAUGCUUUUGAUCCCUCUCUUUUUAAAGUUAAUAACUACCUAUUAGACAUUAACAGGGUCGUAAGGCUCUUCUCCCCUCCAGGGGUUGGCUAGCACAAGCUGUACAGUGACAAUCAAGUUUACAUGUAAAGUUAAUUUGGUGCUACUCAUCAUUGGAAACAGUACAUGUUGCUUGCUAAUUGAAUCAUGGUCACUAUCAUAUUAGCAGUUCUAUUCAAUUGGCCACUUUGUCUGGAAAAAUGCCCAAAAUUAGAAUUGUGUUAUGUCUAUAUACUUAUUCCCCAUAUAUUUCUUUGUAAAGUGAAGCCAUAUAAAAAUGUCUAUUGACAUACUCUAAAUAUUCUGAAAUACAUUUUUCUUAAAUUGAUUUAAAACAGAUGCUUGAUUGCAUUAAUGCAUGCAACCAAUAAUAUCUCUGCAAUAUAGUGAAUUAAAAAGGCCAGAUUUCAAGCACACGGAAAUGCUAGUUCCUAACAUGCUACUAAUAACAGAAGUCAGUUUUUGUUCUUUUGUAAGAGCUGAUUUUCAUAUGAUUUUAAGAUUCUGAAUUCAAUUAGGCAGCCAUGGAAAUGUGAAGUCUUGAUUGUUAUAUCUCAACAGAAAUCAUUUGUUGAGCCAAUUGACAUGCUUAAUUUCCAUUGUAUGUGUUAGCACUACAAUUAUCUUCUAUAUUAAUUAAUUGCUUCAUUUAUUUAAAGUUGAAUAUCUCAGGUGUCAUUACAGCCAUUAUUACUAGAGUCCUGCAUUGUCAAAAAAUGAGCAGCCAUGAAAUUAAAUAGAAAUCUGCAAAAAGUAUUAUCUAUGACUGACAUCAUACAGAAUAAUUACGGCUUUUACAUUUUUACAAAUGACCGCAUAUAGCCAUACUAGUUAUACAUAGUUAUCUAACAUCUGUUACUAAUUUUUUAGAAGGGAGAAAAAUGGGGAUUCAUGAAUACAUAAUUUUGUUAUGAUAAUAUUCUAUAAUUGUUAUUACAUAUCUCACUGAGAUGAUUCAGGUGCUGCAAUUCUUUUUGAUAAUUGCUCAACAGGUGGCUUAUGAGGAUAAUUGGUCCACAGGUGGCUUAUUAUUCUAUUUUAAAAGUAGUCACAAAUUUUAUGUUUCCCAGCUUUAACUUUAGGUCAGUUAUUUUUGUUUCUGUUUGUAUAUCGAAUCUUGUAGGCCAUUUACCUGCACUGUUUAUUAUUUGUCUAACAGUGUAAAUAUUACAAUAACCAAAGUUUGCCAUUGUCACUUUUAAUGCAAAAUAUUUAAUAAAACAAUGAUUUUUAUUUUAAUAUUUGACAGCUACAUACAAAACUAAAAUUAUGUAAUGUGUUUGUUUUCCUUUUUGAAAAAUGCAUUGGACAAUAGUAGAUAUACAGCUAGCCAUAUGAAUGGAUUUCUGUGAGUUCUACAAUAAAUCUGUUAUUUUGUGUUCAUGUA